UCUGAAUGAUGGGUUGUAUGUGGAUUGGAAGUCGUUAAGCUCCGUAUCACAUGAUAGCCGCAUCCAUAAGCAAAUGCUUCGCGCCUACAUAAACCGUUCGAAUCUUGCUCUCUCGCUCUCUCUAUACAACUUCCUCACGCUAAUCAGCCAAAAAAAAAAAAAAAUCCAAUCUUUCUUCAUCUUUCCUACCAUGUCUCAAUCCAAUGAUCUUCAGCAACAAUCCUCUGCCGUUGUUCCUACUCCGUUUGACCCAUCAGAGCCGUCCACUCCUGUCUCUUAUCCAAUCAAGACCUUGGAAGAGCUCGAGUCUCGAGCUUACUUUGAUUCUUUUCACUACCCAUUUAACAAAUCGUCUGUUUCUCUUCCAAGCUCAGCUCUUUCCUUGCCCAACAGGCCUAGACUUCUUGUUUGCCAUGAUAUGCAAGGAGGUUAUGGGGAUGAUAAGUGGGUCCAGGGUGGGUCCAACCCUGAAGCUUACGCUAUUUGGCAUUGGUAUUUGAUUGAUGUUUUUGUUUACUUCUCCCAUUAUUUGGUUACCUUGCCUCCUCCAUGCUGGACCAAUACAGCUCAUAGACACGGUGUUAAGGUGUUGGGGACUUUCAUUACAGAGUGGGAUGACGGGAGGCGUAUUUGUGAUAAAUUGCUUGAAACAGAGGAGUCUGCUCGAAUGUACGCUGAGCGUUUGGCUGAGCUUGCUGUUGCUUUGGGCUUUGAUGGAUGGCUGAUCAAUAUGGAGAUUAAUUUGGAAGUGGAGCAAAUUCCUAAUCUGAAAGAAUUUGUCAGUCAUCUAACCCAGACUAUGCAUAGCUCAUUGCCUGGAUCUUUAGUAAUUUGGUAUGAUGCUAUUACAAUAGAUGGAAAGCUUGAGUGGCAAGACCAACUAAGUCAAAAAAAUAAACCUUUCUUUGAUUUAUGUGAUGGCAUAUUUGUAAACUACACGUGGAAGAGAAACUAUCCAGAACUUUCAGCUGCUGUUGCUGGUGCUAGAAAGUUUGAUGUCUACAUGGGAAUAGAUGUAUUUGGAAGGAAUACUUAUGGUGGUGGACAAUGGAAUACAAAUGUGGCACUUGAGGUGCUAAAGAAUGAUAAUAUGUCCGCAGCCAUCUUUGCUCCUGGGUGGCUCUACGAGACUAAAGAAGCGCCUGAUUUUCGGACUGCUCAAAAUCGGUGGUGGGGCCUAGUCGAAAGAUCAUGGGGAGUAGUAAAAUCUUAUCCUAAUUCAUUACCCUUCUACUCAAACUUUGAUCAGGGCCAUGGAUAUCAUAUUUCUGUUGAAGGAGGGCAAGUCUCAAGUGCUCCUUGGAAUAAUAUAUCUUCCCAAGGCAUUCAGCCUUUUCUUGAAUAUAAAGACAAUCCAACUACAGAUUCCAUUCAAGUUCUUGUCGAUUUUAAGGAAGCAUCUUAUAGAGGAGGAGUAAACAUCACAUUUAAAGGAACUCUGAAAGACAACAAUGAUUUUACAGCAAGACUAUUUAAGGGAAAGCUGUUUCUAGGGGAAUUGCCUCUCCACAUGGCAUAUUCUGUAAAAUCAGAUGCAGGUUCUAUGCUUGGCCUAUCUCUUCAGUUAUCUUCCACCCUGAAUGAAAGAACAUCAGUACUUAUUGCACCUUGGGAAAAUAAUGAAUUAUCAAAAAAGUUCAGUAAAGUGAUUGUGCCACAAAGGGUUUACAGGCAAGAAAUGGCUCCAGAAUGGGUCAUACAGGAGAGUAGCAUUGAAAUGAAUGGAUACAUAUUGACAGAAAUCCAUGCUGUUUGUUACAGGCCAAAGCCUCAAAUUGGCAAGCUAAGAUUAGAAAACAAAUCAGAUAGACAUAAUGAUACAUUAGUUCAGAGUCCAUCCGAGUAUUUUGCUGUGCUUGGUCAUAUUACAAUCAAGACUUCUAUAGAUAAUCUGGUUUUUCCUGCAUCUAGUUCAUGGCUAGUAGAGGGUCAGUAUAUUGAGUGGAGUUCAGGUUCUCAGGGUUCCAAGAACCUUAGUGUUAAAAUCACUUGGAAGUUGAUGGAUGGAAGUAAUUUUCAAUCUUCCAAGUACAAUAUUUAUGUCGAGAAGCUAGAGAAAACUGCUUCUAGAAAUUCAGGUGAAAGAGUUAAAGGGAUUCAGGAGUAUAUUGGAGUAGCAUAUGUUGAAGCUUUUUAUGUUGAUGAUCUGUCCAUUCCCUCAAGCACUAGUAGUCUCAACUUCAUUAUUCAAGUGUGCGGAGUGGACGGCACUUGCCAGAAACUAUAUGAUUCUCCAAGCUAUCAAUUGGAUGUUGGAGCAUCUAAUCAACUCACUAUUCCCAUUUGUAAUUAUGGUGAGAUGGCCUCAUUAAGGACAUCUCGGACUGAUGCAAAUCCAGGGACAAGAUUAUUUAUCAAGCCCAUGGAUUAUGGGACACUCAGAAUGUGGGGGGACUUCAUGUGCUCUGAUCUUCCUCUUCAAGAACGUGCAAGAUAUGUGAUUGUUGAUGUGCUACAAAGAUUUGGAAAAAUAGAUGCACAAAUCUAUACCAUAGAUAGAGUUAAAGAAAGAGGUUUAAUUUUAUUGCUAUUGAUGUAUUUAUUAGUUGGAUUAGGUAUGAUUUUAUGGGUUUUGAACCAUAAUCUAUAUAAUAUAUAAAUGUGUGAUAGGGAGAACAUUGGCUUUAACUAAAUUGCCCUUCAUUAUUUAUAGUAUUUGUAAUUAUAUUUUUUAA